UCGUUUUGGCUUCUCAAGCGAUAUCAUCUGAAAAUCGGAGCUAAAUUCAGCUCUCCGUACAAUCUACUCUAAUUAAGUGUUUUAGCGACUACACAACCCAAUUAAAUAACGAAAAACCAAAAAAAAAUAAAGAUGCUCUUACUGCGACGUUGUCCUAAAUUAAAACUGCGCCCUUGGGUUCGUCUUUGCUCUGCCGAAUUGAUCCAUAAGGAUGGAUUUAUCGAGAAGUUGCGCCACAGCUUCGACGAGGAUGAGCGCAGCAAUCUGGUGGUGCCCACUUUCAAGAAGGCCAUGCUCUAUCCGGAUGAGAUCGCCAUUAAGGACAUUACCGGGGAGUACACCUAUUUCCAGUUGUAUCUGGCCGCCAAACGUCUGGCCAUUCAGAUCUCGAAUAUAUGCGGCAGUAGCUCGCUGUCGAAUGUGACGUACUUGUGCUCGAACAAUGCCUUGUGGGUCGCCAUCCAGUGGAGCUGUUGGAUCUCCGGCCAGGUGGCGGUGCCAUUGGAGUCCGGUCAGGCGAUGGAUCAACUGCGUCUCCAAGCGUCCAACUGCAAGACCAAGCUGCUAAUAGCCACUCCGGAGUUCGAGAAUCUUGCCCACGAGUUGUCGCAGGGCCUGAAAUCGGCCACAAUCGUGCUGGAUCACGCAUUUGUGCCGACGGCCGAGAGUGUGUCCUCCACAUCGAUGUAUGCCAAACAGCUGGUGAGCACCCAAGGAGCCAUCCUCACGGAGAGCACCAUUCCGGGUGACUUUUAUGCCAAGGCGCCGGCCAUGCUGAUCUACACGCCCAAUGCGGUGAACAGUCCCAAGCCGGUGCUAUUGACCCACCGCAAUAUCGAUGCUCAGGUGCGUUGUUUGAUCGCCAGUUGGCGUUUGGGGCCCACGGACAGUAUGCUACCCAUACUAUCCAUGAAUCGGAUGCAUGCCGCCUUGGGUGCCGUACUAAAUGUGGGCGGCAAUGUGGUGCUGCAGCAAAAGUUUAAUGGGCAUAAUGCGUGGAGUGCUCUGUUGGGCAUUAAUAGUCCGUCCAAGCAGCGGGUCACCCUCUUUUUGGCCAUGCCCAUUGUCUACAAGAGACUGAUUGCGGAGUAUGAGAAGAUGUUCGCCAAGGAUUCGCGAAUGGUCGAUUAUAUUGCGAAUCAUUGCCGGCAAAAGAUCCGUUUGAUGGCCACCGCUUUUGCUCUGCUACCGGACUCGGUCUUCUACAGAUGGCGCGAGAUUACGGGUCAGAAUAUAUACGAAUACUAUGGAAUGAUGGAGACGGGUCUGGUCUUGGGUCAUACACUGGCUGAGCCCCAUCGUGAUCCCACAAAUACUUCAGCAGGAUCAGGAUCUCCGGGUCCAAGUAAUGUCGGCAAUGCGCUCAACGAUUAUCGUCCUGGUACUUUGGGUGCUCCUCUAAAAGGUGUUACAGCCCGAUUGAUCGGCAACAAUGGUAAUGAGUUGAUAACCUGCAAGAACGAACUCGGCGGAACUGUGGACCAUGGUCUUAUACAGGUGGAGGAUAUCGGUGGAGAUGCAUCGUUGGCCCAAACCGUAAUUGGUGAACUCCAGAUUGCCGGUUCGCAUCUGGUGUCCAGCUCCUUGGCCAGCAAUAAUCAGCCAAUCGAACAGGAACAGAAUGUCCAAGAUGGUUUCUUCAAGACCGGCGACAUUUGCGCCUAUCGAAAUGGGCAUUUUUAUUUCCUCAGCAAAGCCAGUGAUGUCUUCACCGUCGGCGGUUACAAGGUUUACGGAUCGGAGAUCAAAAAGGUCUUAAUCUCCCAUCCAAAUAUCAACGAUGUGGCUGUCCUGGGUAUACCCAAUAAGUUGUGGGGCCAUCGUCUGGGUGUUAUAUGCAUUGUUUCGCCGGAUGCGGAUAUAGAUUUGGAUGCAAUCAAGACGUAUUGCUAUCGCCACUUGCCGGCCCACAAGUGUCCCACCGUUUUCAAGACCCUGGUAUCCAAAUAGUAAUGUAAUUUAAUUGGCUUAAAACUAGUCUUAAGUCCCAUAACCACUCUCGCGUUUCAAGCUACAAAUUCAUGUGAUUUUUGCGCUGUUAUCCAAAAUAUCUUUCUUUGUAAUACAAAUAAUAAUACUUUAAAAUAAUUUCAAUUCAAA